AUGGAAGGGCUCACCUUUCCGAAUGAAUGUGAACUAGCGUGUGAAAAUUAUAAACGUCUUUAUGCAGGUCAAUCAUUCUAUAAUUUAGCCUACAGAGCUGGCUGCAUCGGCCCGUCAACGGGAUGUACGGAUAUCGCAGCUCCAGUCUGCGGUACAGAUAACAUCCUUUACAGAAACAAAUGUGUUCUUGAAACUGCUAACUCUAUAAGCUUGAAACGAAAGGGACCUUCAAUCCAAAUAAAGAACAACGGGGCCUGUCUGGAAAGCUGUUUAUGCCCACUUGAACAUCAACCGGUGUGCGGAAGCAACGGAUAUUACUACGAGAACGUCUGUUACCUUACUUGUCAAAACAAACUAAAUUACUGCUCUAAGUACCCAGCAAUUUCACCAGCCCCAAAAAGUGUUUGCGAGGCAUGCUAUUGUAACGAAAUCAAUAACCCUGUAUGUGGAAGCGAUGGUAGAACUUACAAGAAUCCUUGCGAAUUCAACUGUGAAGCAAAGCGACGAGGAAACACUUAUUUAACCAUUACUAAGUAUGGAACAUGUUCGGGUUGCGGUUGUACUGAUAGCUACAUUCCCGUCUGCGGUACAGACCAACAGACCUAUACGAAUGAGUGUCAGUUAAAAUGUAGCAAUAGCAAGAGGAGGGAUGGCUAUCGGAUAAGUGUAUGGCACUCAGGCGAGUGCCAACCAACUGGGUGCACUUGUAACAUAACCUGCCCGCCCGAAUAUGAACCAGUUUGCGGUACAGAUGGAAAGUCGUACUGGAACUUAUGCUGGCUGAACUGCAACGCAGAUUGCAAGGAGAGAAAUGAAAAUACACGACACACACUGUUCGUCCAAAAACCUGGAUCUUGCGUGAUAUAA